ACAGUUUUCCUGAAAACCAGACGGCAGAACUACUUGUUCUACUUUUAAAUCUUGUUUUACCCAUGGGUUGCACUUCCAGCCAAGCAAUUAUCAAGAAACCAGAAUCCAAAGAUCAGCAUCAUGGCAGAGAAACACCAAGCCAGGCUAGAAGAGAGAAAAUAUUUCUUGGCACAGAUAGCCUCGUCUCACAAGGUGGGUCAGCAGCUGCAGAUGAUUCCUGUGGAAGAAGCUUGCCAGAAGAUGGAAUGAAGAGAUCCCAGUCCAUUAAAGAACAAAGCAAAAGUCAACAUAUGGGUGCCAUUAAAUCACUUAGCAAGCUAGAAACAGAAAGACAGACAUCAUCAGACAUUUUGGAAGAACUUCGGAUGCAAGGAAUAAUCAAGACUUCAUGUUCAACCACUAAAAGCAGAACUGCAGAUGAUGCCAUGCUGGUACCUGCAGAAAGGACUCUACAAAAACCACCUGCCAAACUGGAAAAGCUUGAACUUAAACAGAAAAAAAAUCAUGCUUUAUCAACGGAAGACUCUGAAAAUAAGACAAGAGAAGAGCAACUGAAAAAAGAAUUGCUGACUGAUAAAUCGUCACCAAUAAUUCCUCCUGAAAAGGGAGUUCAGAUUGGCAGUUCUAUAAUUACAACAACUCCCAGUAGUUUUCAAUUGUCACCUUUAAGUGUGGGGACAGAAACUUGGUCAGAGAAGGAAGAACUGGAUGACAAUAUAAACAAUGGUUUUGAGGAUUUUACAAUGGUGGAGUCAGACAUAACUUAUAAUACAAUUGAUGGAGCAUUUUAAUCACCAACAUUUGUAUCAAACACUUCAAUCUCUAACAAAUCAAAUUUAAUAAUAUUGCUACCAAUAAAGGCUGCUGGACUCCGAAAUAUGUAGAUUCUUCUGCUUUCUGAGGUAGCCUAAGAGUUUUCCUCUCCCUCCCUUUUUAAAUUUCAAAACAAAAAUAAUAUACAGUUUAAGGCUGUGCCCUGGCUUUGCUUCUGCAUUGGCAAAUCUCAACCAAAAGUCCAUAAAAAUGACAUGAAAAUUAAUUCUUGCCCGUGAAACUCUGGCUUAGCUAAAACAAACAGACAAACAAACAAAUAAAUAAAUAUUCUUGUGCCAUUUUAUUAAAAGGAAUGAUGCCAUUCCCCAGAUUUUAAGAUUGUUCCCUUUAUGGCCCAUCUGAAAGUGAGAAGAAAAUCAGGUUUUCCUAGUGCUGCUGUGAGAGAUAUUUUAAUUGGAAAAGAUGAAAAAUAAAAUCAGGGAAAUUUAUAUAUAAACCCAUGCUAUAUGAUGAAUGCUCAUUGCUUAAAAAUUAUGUAUAUUGUGCUUCAUCUGUAUAUGUGUGAUCUUUGGGCCAAGCUAAUCUUCGCAUUCUUCCAAUGUAGCCAGUAUCACAAAUAUAUACAAAUAGCACACAUGUUAAUAUCUUCUGUCAAUGGGAAAGGCUGGUGUUCAGUUGGCACUAUUGUCCACCGUACAACCUGCAUUCCCCGGCUGGUUUCUCUGUUGACCAAACCAUCAAUGCUUACCUUUUCUUUUAGUUCUUCCUUCCUCACCAGUUCCUGUGAUUUUCCUUUGUUGCUUGCAAAUAUGGAAGCUUUCACAUGCCUUUCCAAUACUAUCUCCUCUGAAACUAUUGCAGAUCUCCCCCUAACUCUUUUUCCUAUUUUAUUGUAGCAUAGUUGCUCUAAUCGUGCUAUAAUAAUCAAAGCAACAGAGGACCAGGUUGUUCUUUCAUUCCUACUUUCCUCUGAAGGUCCAAGAAAAAUUUGUAUAAAGAAAAGAAGAACUGGCAGUUCUCUUUCAGAGAAUACAGAAUUACCAGUCCUUUCUUUCUACAAGGUUUUUUAAAAGGGAAGGCAAGAUUAGCAGUACUAAUCUGCUAAUUUAAAAACAAGCAGGGGGAACUGGGGUAGAUUACAAGUGGAAGUUGUAAAGUUUGAGUUUCUGGGGGGUGCGGAUUUUUCACUUUGGCUGGUCCUUGGGCAGCCUUUUUAUAAGCAAGCAAGAUUAUGAAGAAUGUGGAGGACACAACAGACCAGGACAAAAUGGCUGCCAAGGGCAAUGACCCGCUGCCAAAUUGGAACAAAGUGCUCAAGAGCUUCUACUCUUAAAGACUUAAUAUGGCUCCAGUCAGAAAAUAGCAGUUUUGAACUGAAGCUGGAAAACACAGGCAUGUGAAGCAUUUGCAAUGGGCUGGGCGUGAGAAGAAAACAAUGUUAUCCAUUCCUGCACUCAGGGACAGUGACUGGCCCAUGCAGGUCAUGGGCCAGGCAGAAAUUGUAGCUCUCUUUGGAGCAUCAUCAAUGUCAAGUUGCACUGAGUAAGAAUUCCUCUGUUCAAUUUCCAUUCUCAUUUUGCACUGUCUAACAUUUUUACCAGCCCAGACCUGAUGAUUGCAAGAUUAAAGCACAAUACAUAGUGUCCAACAAUAUUUAAUUAUGAGUCCUUGAUCUCUGUAACCACAUUCUUGGGUCCCAGCUCCUUUCCAAAAUAAUAACAAUAAUUUAAUUUAAUUUAAUAAUUACAUUUCUAUACCGCACCAUCUCCCGAAGGACUCAGGGCGGUGUACAGCCAAUUAAAAUACACAUACCAAUACAAUAUAAAUACAAUAAAUAACACUAUUUAAAAACAAUUAAAAACAAAUAUUUAAUGGCCGAAUCACUAAAACGGUCAAAAGACCGAUUAAAACCCCAUUAAAAUUUCGCUAAAAUCUGUCUUAGGCUAGUCCCGCUCGGUGAAAUAAUAAAGUCUUCAGUUCCCGUUUGAAGGCCCGAAGGUCGGGGAGUUGGCGUAACCCCGGAGGUAGCUCGUUCCAUAGGGCUGGAGCUGCCACAGAGAAGGCCCUCCCUCUGGGGGCCGCCAACCUACAUUGUUUGGUCGACGGCACCCUGAGGAGACCCACUCUGUGGGAGCGCACAGGUCGCUGGGAGGCAAUCGGUGGCAGAAGGCGGUCUCGUAAAUACCCCGGUCCUAAGCCAUGGAGCGCUUUAAAAGUGGUAACCAGCACUUUGAAUUGCACCCAGAAGGCUACCGGCAGCCAGUGCAGGCUGCGCAGGAUGGGUGUUAUAUGGGAGCAACGCGGUGCCCCCUCUAUCACCCGCACGGCCGCAUUCUGGACUAGCUGGAGCCUCCUGGUGCUCUUCAAGGGGAGCCCCAUGUAGAGAGCAUUGCAAUAGUCCAGGCGGGAAGUGACGAAGGCAUGAGUGACCGUGCGUAAGGAGUCCCGAUCAAGGAAGGGGCGCAACUGGUGAAUCAGGCGAACCUGAUAAAAUGCUCCCC